GUAACUCCAGCUCACCCGAGCUGCGGCUGGCGGCCGGGCCGCACCUGUGCGCAGGUAGGGUGGAGGUGCUGCACGAGGGGCGCUGGGGGACGGUCUGCGACCACGGCUGGGACCUGAGGGACGCCCAGGUGAUCUGCCGCCAGCUGGGCUGCGGGGAGGCGCUGGCGGCUCCUGGCCACGCCCACUUCGGGCAGGGCUCGGGACAGGUGUGGCUGAGCGACCUCACCUGUUCGGGCCGUGAGCGACACCUGGGGCACUGCCCCGCCCCCCCCUGGGGCAACAACACCUGCGGGCACGAGGAGGACGCGGCGGUGGAGUGCGCAGGUGAGGACAACAGGUGGGAACAGGUGAGAACCACAGGUGAGAACCACAGGUGUGGACAGGUGUGGACAG